AUGCGGGGUGGUGGGCCUGGCGUGAGGGAGCAGGACUGGCACGGAGAUGAAGCUGGGGAUGAAAACCUGGCAAAUGCCAGCUCUCCCUCCUCCGUGUCACCUCCACCUGCACGCUCCACAUCACUCUCACCUCCAAGCACCACUGAAGGAGUUGUGUCAGCAAUGAGUACACCUGCUUUGUGUCUCUCCUUGACUGGCAGCCUCCAAAGCAUUAGUGAAACUGCUGUACCUCUCACCACAGGUGUCUCUCCUGCAGACAGCACAUACCUCUCCACGCACGCAGGCUCCACCCCUGCCAUGGGACUCAGCAACCCAGCACACAGCAGCACUGCUGCCCUCACCACACGCACUCCCAUUGCCUUCAAGAAUGCUUCAUCAGAUUAUUACAAUUCAACAUCCUUGCACAGCACCACCUCACCAACCAGCACGCCAGCAAACACUGGGACCUUCCUCACUCACACAAUAGAAACUCCCACAGUGACAACUACAGAACCUUGUGAUGAUAUUGUCUACAGCAUAGAAAGCAUAAGAGAUGGGAAUGACAUGGCUAAAGUUACCCUGAAAAAUCUCAGAAACAACAGACAAUACGUUAUUUUGGAGACUAAUGAGACCUUAAGUGUGAAUUCCAGCACAAUCCGAAUGCAGAGAUGCAUGAGAUACACACUUAAAAUUGAAAAAUGUGCAGACCAGUAUCUUACUAUUCCACCUGGUUUUCCAGGCUUUACAGAAUUAAAUAAAAAUUGUGAAGAGCUGAACACUUUAUCACCCAACCAUAACUACACAUGCACUGGUACCGCACAUUUUUUUGAAAAGAAGGUUGUGAGCCAAACCUUCAUGAUAACAACAGAUUAUGGUGCUCCAGAAGCAGCAGAAAAUGUUACAGUAGAGAGUGAUGCCAGACAUGUAUCAGUUAGCUGGAAGAAACCCAGUGACCUUUCAAAGGGCCCUAUACAUGGCUACAAAGUACAAUGCAAUGAGAGUGAGGUUAAUUAUAUCAGCAUGACCAACUUUAUUUGCUACAACUUAGAACCUUAUACCAACGGCAGUGUGACUGUGACUCCAUAUACAAACAGCAGAAAAAAAGUAGUAAAUUAUGACAAAUAUAUGGGAACACCUAAAGAAAUUCGCUUUAUGACAAAAUCAGCAGAACCACAGCCAGUGAUUGCUGUUGAGGCAAUACUGACAUCUGAUAAUGCUGUCUGGAUUAAGUGCAAAAGUCAAAAAGUGUAUGGAAAAAAAACAGUAUUUGAAUUGACUUUUGGAAAUGAUGGAACAAGUGACCGCAAAGAAAAUGAUUGUGAUUUUAAAAAAGAAAAUCUCUUUUACUUGACAAACUAUACAUUUACGAUCUUAGUGGAUAAUGGAGAACAUAAAGGGCAGCCAGUAAAGAAGAGUAUAAAAACUAGAUAUAAUUCUAAGGCCCUGAUUAUAUUCUUGGCAUUCUUAAUCAUUUUGACAUCAAUUGCUUUACUACUGGUUCUCUACAAAAUCUAUGAUCUUCACAAAAAAAAGCUCAGCAGUUCUUCUGAAGGUGUGAACCUUGUUGAAGUUAAAGAUGAUGACAGACAGCUUCUGAACAUAGAGCCAAUACCUUCAGAGCAAUUGCUGGACACAUACAAGAGGAAGAUUGCUGAUGAAGGAAGACUUUUCUUGGAUGAAUUUCAGAGCAUUCCUAGAGUUUUCACUAAAUUUUCAAUAAAGGAGGCUAAAAAGUGCCAUAAUCAGAAUAAAAAUCGUUACAUUGAUAUCCUUCCAUAUGAUCAUAAUCGUGUUGAGCUCUCAGAGAUCCCAGGAGACCCAGGAUCAGACUAUAUCAAUGCAAGUUAUAUUGAUGGCUUCAAAGAACCAAGAAAAUACAUUGCUGCACAAGGCCCAAAGGAUGAAACCACAGAUGAUUUCUGGAGAAUGAUCUGGGAACAGAAGGCAACAAUUAUUGUCAUGGUGACUCGUUGUGAGGAAGGAAAGAGGAACAAAUGUGCCCAGUACUGGCCAUCAAUGGAGAAUGGCUCUGCAACCUAUGGGGACAUCAUUGUGAAGAUCAAUGAAAGUAAAACGUGUCCAGACUAUGUCAUUCAGAAACUACACAUCACAAAUGGAAGAGAAAGGACAGCUGGAAGAGAUGUAACUCAUAUUCAGUUCACAAGCUGGCCAGACCAUGGAGUCCCUGAGGAUCCACAUCUCCUUCUCAAACUCCGACGCAGAGUUAAAGCUCUCAGCAACUUUUUUAGUGGCCCAAUAGUGGUUCAUUGCAGUGCCGGUGUUGGGCGCACUGGGACAUAUAUAGGGAUUGAUGCCAUGCUGGAGGGGCUGGAUGCAGAAGGCAGAGUGGAUGUUUAUGGCUAUGUUGUGAAGCUGCGUCGGCAGCGGUGCCUCAUGGUUCAAGUGGAGUCACAGUACAUCCUUAUCCAUCAAGCCCUAGUGGAAUACAAUCAGUAUGGAGAAACAGAGGUCAGUCUCUCAGAACUGCAUUCCUAUCUUAACAAUCUGAAAAGAAAAGAUCCUCUGAGUGAUCCUUCUCUGCUGGAGGCAGAGUUUCAGAGAUUACCUUCCUAUAAGGGAUGGCGGACACAGAACACUGGGAAUCGUGAGGAAAAUAAAAGCAAAAAUAGGAAUGCCAGUAUAAUUCCAUAUGACUUCAACCGAGUGCCCAUCAGACAGGAAGAUGAAUGCAGUAAGGAGGGUGAACAUGAUUCAGAGGAUUCCUCAGAUGAGGACAGUGACCUUGAAGACUCAAGCAGAUACAUCAAUGCUUCCUUCAUAACAGGUUACUGGGGUCCAAAAGCUAUGAUUGCUACACAGGCACCACUGCAGGAGACUGUCUCUGACUUCUGGCAAAUGGUUUUCCAAAGAAAAGUCAAAGUCAUUGUUAUGUUGACAGAGCUGAAAGAAGGAGAUCAGGAGCUCUGUGCACAGUACUGGGGAGAAGAAAGACAAACAUAUGAUGGCAUAGAAGUUCAAAUGACAGAUGUCAACUCUUGUCCUAGCUAUACCACACGAGCAUUUGAUGUUACACAUCUGAAGACAAAAGAAACACAGAAAGUGUAUCAGUACCAGUAUCACAAGUGGAGUGGCUUCGACAUUCCGGAAAACCCUAAAGAUUUAGUUAGCAUGAUUCUCAACCUUAAGCAGAAAAUCCCAGCCAGACCAGUCACUGAGGACAACAGGAGUGCCCGCAGUGUCCCGCUCAUCAUCCACUGCCGUGAUGGAUCACAGCAGACCGGUGUAUUUUGUGCUUUAAUGACCCUCUUGGAAAGUGCAGAAACAGAAGAAGUAAUAGAUGUUUUCCAAGUAGUAAAAGCUCUUCGUCGCUCCAGGCUGGGAGUGGUCUCCACCUUUGAACAUUACCAAUUUCUGUAUGACACGAUUGCCAGUACCUACCCUGCACAGAAUGGACAAAUAAAGAAGAACAGCCAGCAGGAAGAUAAAGUUGAAUUUUGCAGCGAAGUAGAAAAAACAGAUCAGGAAACUGAUUUGAUCACUAUUGAUCUUAGCCCAUCAACGCCAGAGGAAAAAGUUAUUUCUGAAGCUUGUGAUGAUUCUAAGUCUACAGAUGGCACUAAGGGAACAGAAAGCUCUACAAAUGGCCCCACAACUCCCAUUGUAACUUAG